AUGGCUACAGCUGACUUUAUUCAACCUCAAAUUUUGCAAGAAGAAUUUGUUCAAUGUAGUAAUUGCUCUCAUGUAAGUAACAAAGACAAAUCAAAUGACAGAACUAUUUCAAAAAUUGAUUUUCCAAAACAAGAAAUUAUCGUUGAAAAAAAGAAGUUUUUUUUAAAUGAAUCAGAAACAAUGCGACAAAUUCGAAUUCGUAGCCUUUCUCAUUGGCCCCAUUUUACACCAAGCAUUGAAUCAAUGACAUCUGCCGGUUGGUUUUCAUGCAACGUUGAUGAUAGAGUUAUUUGUAUUUAUUGUAAUACAAUUUGUCAUCAAUGGACAAUAAAAGAUGAUCCAAUUUACGUUCAUAGAACACUUGCUCCACAAUGUCCAUUUGUUCUUUCAAACCUUUUGGUAAAUAGUAAUUCAUCGCAGGUAAUUAAUGAUAUACUUAAUGAAAAAUUUGAACCAUCUUGUCCUGAAAUGACUGAAAUCUCUCGUCGAGAAGCAACAUUUUCUAAUGCUAACUGGUCAGAAAAUACUCCAAAUAUUGAAAGUUUAGUGCGCGCAGGAUUCUUUUUUGCUGGUAUUAAGGAUUCAGUAACAUGUUUUUAUUGCAAGGGAUCAUUACAUAAAUGGGGUCCAAAAGAUAAUCCUAUUAUUGAACAUGCUCGAUGGUUUCCUCAUUGUACUUACGCUAAACAUUUAUGUGGAAAUGAAUUAUAUGAAAAAAUCCAAACAUCUUUAAAACAACGAACUUUAACAAAAAAUAAAAUUGAUAAAGACGAACUUGCUCGUUUAGUUAAAGCAAGACUUGAUUUACCUAUUGUUGAACGUCUUCGUGUACAAUAUUCAUUAACAAUAAUUAAACGUUGUAUAGAAGAUCAAUUAAAAACAAAAAAUGAUGAUUUUCAAUCGGAUGUUGAUUUAUCAAUGGCUUGUUCAAUUCUUAAAAAACAAAUUGAUAUUAUCCAAGGUUCAUUAGAUAAUAUUAUAAUUCCAUCAAAACGUCAACCAAUAGAUAAUUCGUCUCAACCAAUAAAAAAUUCCUUGGGUGAUUGUGUUAUAUGUCUUAAUGAAGAAAAACAAUUGGCAUGUAUGCCUUGUGGACAUUUGUGUGCUUGUGUUCCUUGUGGAUAUGCACUUCGUUCGUGUCCAAUUUGUAGACAAAAAGUACAAUCCUUCAUGAAAAUUACUUCGUAA